UCUCUCUCUCUCUCUCUCAGUCAGUCUCUGGUUCAUUAGAGAUCAUGUCAGGAUGGGAGGAUGAUGAAGAUGAUGGCUCUCUGGGUUUCUCUCCGUGAGCUGCGGGCCGGAAGGUGAAAUCAGCGUCUUCUUCUUCAUCACCGAGGACCGAAGGAGCUGGAGAGGAUGAAGAACGAGUGAAUGAAUGAACGCGCUGUCUGAACCUUCCAGAAGUCCAGAUGGAGCAGGAUGUCGAGAGCACCGUCACGGUCCGACAGCCCAAGCUGCCCAAGCAGGCGCGGGACGACGUCCCCAAACCGCUGCAGGACAGAGAGCGUGCCAAGCAGAAGAUCCAGCGCUACGUCCGCAAAGACGGCAAGUGCAACGUGCAUCACGGAAACGUGCGGGAGACCUACCGCUACCUGACGGACAUCUUCACCACGCUGGUGGACCUCAAGUGGAGGUUCAACCUGUUCAUCUUCGUGCUGGUUUACACCGUGACCUGGCUGUUCUUCGGCUUCAUGUGGUGGUUGAUCGCUCACGCACGAGGAGAUCUGGAGCACAUAGGAGACAACCAGUGGACUCCUUGCGUCAACAACCUCAACGGCUUCGUGUCGGCGUUCUUGUUCUCGAUAGAGACGGAAACGACCAUCGGCUACGGCCACAGGGUGAUCACUGACAAGUGUCCCGAGGGCAUCGUGCUGCUGCUGGUGCAGUCGGUGCUGGGCUCCAUCGUCAACGCCUUCAUGGUGGGCUGCAUGUUCGUCAAGAUCUCGCAGCCCAAGAAACGCGCCGAGACUCUGGUGUUCUCCACCAACGCCGUCAUCUCCAUGCGCGACGGCCGGCUCUGUCUGAUGUUUCGCGUCGGAGACCUGCGCAACUCGCACAUCGUGGAGGCGUCCAUUCGAGCCAAACUGAUCAAGUCCAAACAGACCAAGGAGGGAGAGUUCAUCCCUCUCAAUCAGACGGACAUGAACGUGGGCUACGACACCGGGGACGACCGACUCUUCCUGGUGUCUCCACUCAUCAUCUGCCACGAGAUCAAUCAGCACAGCCCCUUCUGGGAGAUCUCCAAAGAGCACCUGGCCCAUGAGGAGCUGGAGAUCGUGGUGAUCCUGGAGGGCAUGGUGGAGGCCACAGGAAUGACGUGUCAGGCGCGCAGCUCGUACGUGGCCAGCGAGAUCAAGUGGGGCUACCGCUUCACGCCCGUCCUGACGCUGGAGGACGGCUUCUACGAGGUGGACUACAACAGCUUCCACGAGAUCUACGAGACCAACACCCCCAGCUGCAGCGCGCGAGAGCUGGCCGAGAUGACCGCCCGCUCGCGUCUGCCGCUGACCUGGUCGGUGGCCAGCAGACUGAGCCAGCAGGGCCUGCCGGACGCUCCGGAGGAGAAGCGGAGCUCGGCGGCCGAGGAGCUGGCCGAGAGGAACGGAGACGUGGCCAACAUGGAGAACGAGUCCAAAGUGUAGGAGGACACGCGCAUCUCUCCUCGCCUCUGCGCCGCCGGACGUUUGGCUGAGGUCGGAGGUCGGAGGUCAGCUCAGGAAAGCACCCCGAGGCGGGACACGGACCCCAUCUCGCACGCUUUUUCUCUUCUUCUCGCCCGAAGGAUGCGUGCGCGGGCGGCUGCAUGGUUCCCGAAACCAGUUUUUUUUCUUAAAGAUAAGAAAUGAUAUUUUCAGAUUUCUAAUUCAAAGAUUAAAACCUAUAUAUGUAUAUGAAUAUAUAUAUAUAGAUCUAUUCUAGGGCAUUUGCAUUUGUAUUUUUUUGUAUAUAACUGUUGGGUUUGAGACGCGAGGUUGUUUGAUAUGGCACGGAGUCGUCUAUUCUGCCUUCUGGAAUAGCGACAGACAUAUUUAUCCACGCAUGUACAAACGGUCCCUGUAGUCGACUGACUCUGAUGUACAUAGUUUUCAGUACUGUAGGCCAUACUAGCGCUCGCUGACAGAGGACGGCCGCGCUCGUGUUGCAUGGGAUUGUGGGGUGUGUGUGUGUGUGUGUGUGUGUGUGUGUGUGUGUGAGUGUGUGUGUGAGUGAGUGUGUGCAUGUGUGCUCCAAUAACCUUCCGUACGUCAUCAGCCAUGAUCUUUCGCUCCCUUUGCUCUUCCUUUAACUCAUAGUCAUAAUUGGAAAAGAAGUAGAAGUGGACCUGAUGCAGCGGAGUCCGGUCUGCGGCGAUGAAUCGAAGCGUCGCGUCUCGUGGAUCCAUUCUGAGAUUAUCGGAAGACGUCGCGAUUCUCUCUGGAAUCGAUUCAGCUUAGUUUCUAACAGCAGGUGGCGCUCUAGGCGUGUUUUAUUACUAUUUUGACUUCUUUUCUAAUACAAACAACUAAACGUUCUUGAAUUAAGAUGCAUAUAUUUGACUUUUUUCUAAAAAGUUGUUCGUUUUUCUUAAAACAAGCACAAAUAUCUGGCAACGGGCUAAAAACAAUAUCUUAAUUGUAGAGUAAAUUGAUUUUUUGUUAUGUAAGUGAUUAAAUGUAUUUGCGCCUCGUCUUUUAUGACGUGAAAUUAAAGUAAACACUUGCUUUUGAUUCUUCUUUUAUGUUCAAGUGUUAAAAACCGAGCUCAGAACGGAUUCCAGACAGAAACGCGACGCAUUCGGAUCAUCUCAAAAUCUAUGCAGAGCAAUCGCUCGACCGGCGGCGCGUCGUUUUCUCGCCGCAGAUGUGUCUCUCGGUGUUUCUGUUCGUUCAGAAGCGACUCACAUCGGUGUUCACUCGCGCACGAGACCAAAGACCCGAGCCCUCACGUCACUAACAGACGCCUCGCCGGUGAACGAUUCCAGCGCGUGACCCACGUGUUUCAUUUAACGGCGGUGAGAACGAGGCUGAGGAACGGAGUCGCGUUCAGUCCGUGUUUCCUGAUCGAGUCGACUCGCCUAAACAGAUUGUGUCUGACGUGAAAAGAGUGUAGAAGGACAGCAGUCAACAUUUGAGCUCAGUUCAGUUUAAAUGAUCGUCUCAGUCUGAGCGAGGAGCCUGCAGAAGAUCAGAGGACCCCUGACUUUAACUCCUUUCCUGACAGACAUCAGUCGUUUUCAUAGCCUUUAGAAUAUUUUGUAUAAAUAUCUGAACAUGCAAUACAUAUAGAGAAAACCCGUUGUAAUUCUAGCUCCAGUGUGAGGAAGUUCCUUUAACAAAAAGAAAACUGUAGAAAAGUUUUGAACAAAAAUGGCCUCGAUGAUCGAAACAGAGCUAAAACACUUCUUCGGUCCACGUUUCAUUGGGUAACAUUAGUCAGAUUAGAUUUCUCUAAGUCAGUGCUUCUUCUCUGUGUUUUUCUCCAGAGAUGCAGUGGUCUGUCAGGAGAUGUGUAACAGCGCCUCCUGCUGAAUAACAGAAAAAACACAGGAAGUGCACUAAAGGUUAUGAACAAAUGUUGAUUCAUUCAUCUUCCGUGGUAUAUUUUUUUAUGUGACUUGUUUCAGGAUGUUCAGAGAACGUUGCGACAAUCCCGUAAUGUUAGCAAAAUUAUCAAAUUCUCUCUUUUUUCGUGACUCAUUGGGAAUGCUUUUAGACCUUAUGUUUUUGUUAUGUGGCAUUAAACACGUCUCAUAACAUGAGAGACGACCGAACAGCAGAGCUCACCGUAUCCCACAAUGCUUUGUGAUGAAUCUCUGCUUCACUAUCUGAUCAGAUUCUCGACGAAGUGAGUUAGAGACGUGAAGCGAGUGUUUCGUUCAGUAAAGGAUGAUGUUUACAGCCUCGUUUUCAUUCUCGUCAAAUCUAAUGCGCUUCAUUACAGACGGAUUCUGUGGAAACUCCUCUCCAUCUCACACUUUCUAUCUGUCGCUUUGUGUCUCGAGGCUUGGCCUUGUUUUUCUCAAAACUCUGGCCUUUAGUUUAUUUUUUAUCAAAAUUCAGAAUUCCCCCUCAAACUGUUAGCCUACGCCUCACAACUUGGAAUGUUUUCGUACUAUUUUUUAGCCUCCAUCUCAAACCGUUUGGGUCGAAAUCCAGGUUUGUCUGCAUUUGUCAUUUUCUUCUUCUCUCACAUUCGAGAGUUUGGUUUCAUCUCCGCCUGGAGAGAGAGUUUCAGACAGAAUCAGACGAGCUCUUUCAGAGAACGUGUCCUUCAAUAAUCCUCUACAGUAAAGCCUGGAACAUUCGGCGCUCCGUACGCUUGAUGAAGUGCCCUUUAAAGCGCCCUGCUGAUAUGAAGCCAUUCAGACACGUCUCACGUCAGAUCCGGACCGUCGUUCCUUCAUUUCUGUUGAGUUCCAUCCCUCGAGGAAUAUGAAAUCAGGAAUAUGAACAUGAACGUUUUAAUGUCUUCGGAUCCUUCUCUAAAGCUUAUUUCACAAGCCAUAAUAUGGUACAUUAUACACAGUGUUUAUACAGACCUAGCGCCUCGACGCCGAUUCAUUCUGGUUUUCUUGUUGAUUUAGAUGAUUACUCUGUGUCACAAGAAGCUCAUAAAUAAACCAUAUCUAAAUAUUGA